ACGCGCAGAUGCAACAACUAGUGUAUUUGACAGUUGUUCCUUGAGACACAAACACAUCACAAGACUUAUAUACCAAAAAUAAAUCACCAAUAUCACAUUUCAAGGUAGUUUGUGAUAGUCUAGUCCACCGGGAGAAGAGUUGAAACUGUUUAUGAAUGAUUUAUGAGGUGAAAGCUUAGAGACUACCUGAGUCACGAGAUACAGCACUUCUCCCUUGCGGGAACAACAGGUGUUCUGUAUGGUCAUGACCAGUCGCCACGCCCCCUCCACAGCCCAACUCAUCCUGUUAGUCCUGCUCACUGUCACUCCACGGCUGGUAUCUUCCCCUGUGGGGUGGGGAGAGAGCGGGGAGGAGGGGCGGUCCAGGACUCACCUCAAUAAGGACAGCCUCAGCCCCAGCCCCUUCCACCCUCCCCUGGACCAGACCCAGAACCGGGUAAAGGAGCAGAGCCAUGGUGGCCCCACAGACAUGGACCAGGCACUAGCCUCUGUAUUACUGAAGACCCUGGACCACACCGGGAAAGCACAGACACAGGAGAGAGGAGAGGGACAGGAAGAGAAUGACCCAGUCCCUUUGGAGGAGAAAGGGGGUGAGGAGACGAGGAGAGAGGUUGGGAUGGAGGAGGAGACGAGGAUGGAACAACUAGAAGCAGCACUAGUGGAAGCAGCUCUGGGAGAGGAAUUAAGAGAGAGGAAUGAGGAAGAGGAGGAGAGGAAGAGGUUGGAGGACAGAGGCGGGCUUCUAGAGGGAGAGCAGGACAGAGCUGGUGGAGGGAGUGAGGAGGGAAGACAGCAGAAGGAAGAGGAGGAGGAAGAGGGGGAGGAGGAAGAAGAAGAAGAAGGUGGAGAAGGAGGGAGAUGGGGAGGUGAGGAGAAAAGAGGAGAGGGGAGUGGGAGAGGAGAGGAGGGGAGGCCUAGUGACUCGUCUCUCCAGCGGAAGGCUCGGGGCUACUUCCAGAACAUAGACCUCGGUCUCCAAGACAACGAGAUUCGUCCUCCUCUGAAGGGAUACAAGGCCUAUAACACCCAGCUGGCACAGGCUGGCAAGAGGCUCCGCUGGGAGGAGGAGAGGGCACGCAACACACCACUGGGUGGCAACUUCAUGGACCACUUUGAGAACAAGGCAGAAGAGGAAGAGGAGGAGGAGGCUCUGUCGUGGGCAGAGGAAGACGCACGUGCGCUUGUGGAGCAGCAGGAGGUGCAGCGGCAGCAGGAGGAGGCAGAGAGGGCCAGAGAAGAAGAGCAGCGACUUGCGGACAUUGCGUCUGACAUGCUGCUGCAGUACAUGGAGAGGAAACGGCAGGGAACGCCGUACCUCAUGCCCAGGCAGAAGACGAACGCUGUGGAGGACAAACGCUCGGAGGAGGUGGUAACCGACGUCGACGACCUGGACCAGCAGAUAACUGACAUGCUGAUGGAGAUCAGCAGCAAGCUGCACCUGCCGGCCGACGACGUGGUCCAGAUCAUCUCCAACGUAGAGGAGAAAAAGAAGAAGAAGGAGCUUCCGCCACCUAGCAACCCCAUCGCCCCGCGUUACCGUCCCCUAGUUCCCCCUCCUCUAGUGACGGGUCCCAUGUACCACUACACAGCCUCCUCCAACCCCAAGAAGGACCCUUACUACCAGCCCUACAAGAACAAGUGGAACAAGGCAAAGGCCUACAAGCAGGACGUCUGGUUCAAACCCCAGAAACAGAAGGACGUCUGGUUCAAACCCCAGAAACAGUUGCUUGCCUUCCCGUCCUACCCCUACUACCAGAAACCCUACCGAGCCUACUACCCUGUGUUCUUCCCCUACCUCAAACCCCAGUAUUACGACAAAACGGCCAUGUGGGAGGAGUUACCCCACCGCCCGCCCCCAGACUACGAGCUCCAGCCAAACAGGCGCAGACACAGGGCAGGUGGCAGGACAAAAGGGAGAAGUGGGCAGGGCUGGAGACAGCAGCCCCUCCCACCCCAUCUCCCCUCAUCCCCCUACAUCUCCAACUACAUCUUGCCACAUCCCCGGACAUAUCAGCCCCUCCCCCUGCCCAGACCCCUCUCUCCCCAGAGCAGACGCCCCCCAGGGCCUGGGGGCUUGGGUGUGGGCGGGGGAAGGGGAAGGGUGGGAGGGGACUAUGAAGAGGAUGAUGGGCUGGUUCCUCAGCUGGACAGUCAGGAAGAACUGGAAAACUUGAUAUCAAAAAUAUAUAUGAAACGCAGAAUGUACUAGAGACAGACAGA